UCUAGCAGUCAUAAGUUAUCAAAUAGCUAAUUCGAAGACCAAUUAUCAAGACAGAUUGAGAUACGCCAUGCUUCUGAUUGGUUGGCUUGUGUUAUUCUUUAUGGUAUGUUACUAUGGCCAAAAAGUUAGCGAAGAGUCUAUGAAUAUAGCUGGAUCGGUUUACAAAAGUAAAUGGUACGAAUUCGAUAUCGAUGCAAAGUUGCGAAAAAAUAUAAUUUUGGUAAUUGCCAGAGCCCAGAAACCGUUGACAUUAAAAGCCAAAUAUAUGGGUACUAUUUCUUUAGUGCGAUUUGUGAGAGUUCUUAGGAGAGCUUACUCAUUUUUUACAUUAUUAUUGGCAGUUACCGAUAAUUAAAAAGGACGAGUUAUGUUUAUAUGCAUUAGUCGACACCACA